AUGGCCGAGGAGAUCAGCAAGCCGAUGUCGGAGGCCCAAAAGAUCACCAUGGUGUCAAGCGGGGGCUCAGAGGUUGGAGCAGCCAAACURGCCGGAGAGGUGCUCGACAUCAUGACCCGACUGCCGUCUGCCGUGGAAAAACUGACCGGAGUCGACAUCUCACAGGCUGCUGGAAAGACCACCCGUGUACAUUAAGAGGAGCAUCGUCAGAGGAACUUGAAUCAGAUUCUUCUCAUUAUUCCUGUGUUGAAUCUGCACCAUUAUAGUCUGUGCAUGUUUCACUUGUUUUCCUGUAUAUUCAGUUUAAGAAUUUUUCUCCCUCCAACAUGUGGUUUGUGUCUUUACUGCAGCGUCACUUACUGACAGCAAACUGUUUUUAUCUGUUGGAACCAAAACACACUAACUCAGACUGAACAAAGACCUGCUGUUUAUUCCUGGUUUCCCWUUAUGCACCUGUUUACACCAUCGUGAUCAUUCUCAUCAUCCUCUCUGGAGAUACUAAUAUACCAAUUUCCUUUUUAUUAUAAAGUCUUUUUUAUGUGCCUUUAAAAAGAAAUCGAAGCUGUGUUGUAGUGAGAUGUUAUCUUAAAGUUCUGUAACGUUUUAUUUAGUAAAUGUUAGCUUUUGUAUUUCUGCAUGUGUAGUUCUUGAAUGUACGACUAAAAACAAGUGCAUCUAGUUAAAUGCUAAACUAACGGUCCAAAGCUUUGAGCCUUAUGCAGUUYAACCGCCAAGUGCCUGGUCAAACCUCUCCGUUUUCCUGACCUUUGCCCCUCAGCCUGUUAAAACUCCUGUCAGGGAAUCAUUUCCUCAGCUCAUCACGAGCCACCGGCCGGCGCCGUCGAUGGCCGCAGAUAAAAGCCAAGCUUAUCURGACUCCUUUUUGUUAUGCUCGUGACAAAGGUUUGAAAAUGUUUGUUGCAUGACUCAUAGUGUGAAACUGCUCGUGCUGAAUAAAUGUAAAUGUAGUAAACUUAAUAAAAUGUUUUAUUCACCAAAUCCAA